UGUCCGCAGGUUUACUCCUACAUGCUCUCAGUCAGCUGUGAGAUUAGUCAGUUCACUCACUGCACUGCCUGCACAGAGACGAAGACUACUGAGGCAUUGGGAAGAAAACAUGAACAACCAGGAUGAGGAGGUGCUGAAGCAGAUUGAGAGGGAGGUGCGAAUGCGGGAGGGGGCCAGUAAACUGCUGGCAGCUUGCUCCCAAAGAGACCAGGCGCUUGAAGCCUCCAAGAGCCUGUUAACCUGCAAUACCCGUAUCCUGGCCUUGCUUAGUCAACUCCAGAGGAUGAGGAAAGCUCAAAUCUUACAAAGAGUGGGACGCAGGCUAUCUGAUGAUAUUGUACCAUGUAAGGGAAAAGUAGCCCUUUCAGACCUGCGGAUUCCACUCAUGUGGAAAGACUCAGAGUACUUCAAAAACAAAGGAGAGCUACAUCGCUGUGCUGUGUUCUGCCUGCUUCAGUGUGGCACAGAGAUCCACGACACUGAUCUGGUGAUGGUAGACAGGACUUUAACCGACAUCUGCUUUGAAAACGCCAUUAUACUUAAUGAUGUAGGUCCAGAGUUUCAGCUUCGUGUGGAGCUGUACAGCACUUGCGUGGUUGAGGAUUUCUCCUUGGGGGCUCUAGGACCCAGGAGAGUGAGCAUCCUGGGGGGCUCUCUGGGAUGCUCCUCGGGGAAAAAGAUACGUGCUGCGUUCGAGUCUUCAGCUGUUUGUGGAUCCAUUUGCAACGGAGCAGUUUCAGGACCUGGAAGUGUGUUUCCUCCUUUAUCACCUGACCUGUCUGCACGGGGGCCUAAAUAUAACCUGUUGGCUCACACAAUACUGAAACUCGAGAAUGUCCAGGAUGGCUUUAAAACGCAUGAUUUGUCACUAGCAGCAACAGGUGAGUUUCUCCUCUUCUUCUCUCCUCUCUUCUUUUGUUUUCUAGAGGAUAGUCCCUUCUGGUUGCCUCUGUAUGGCAGUAUGUGCUGUCGUUUAGUUGCUCAGCCUCUCUGCAUGAUUCAGCCAGUCACAAGUGGGCAACUCAAGAUGAAGCUUGAAGAGGACCUUAAUUGCUGGGAAAAUGUCUAUGCUGUCCUCAGGGGGCAAAGUCUUCUCUGCUAUCAGAGUCAAGAAGACCUGGAGUCUGAGGACAAGCCGUUACUUCUAAUCCCCAUCAAAAAGGAUUCCAUUGUCUGUGUGUCAGAAAGAGAUCCUGUUGGAUGCCAGACUAUAUACAUCACUACACAACAAGAAGAGGAUGUAACCUACACACUUACCACACACACACCUGAAGACACGCAGCGCUGGACCGAGGCUCUCUGGCAGCACAAAUAUAACAUGAGCCAGUGGAAGCAGUGUUGUGAGGACUUCAUGAAGAUUGAAAUGCCGAGCUCCAGGAAAUCCAUCACAUUGAAGCAGGGAUCGCUAUACCAUGAAAUAGUUACACCCAACUCUCCCAGAGUAGGUGUCGUGGCCCCAGAUUUGUCCGCUGAGAUCCGCACGUUGCUCUCUUCCUACUACAAGGAAAGUUAUUGAUGACCCAGCCUCAGCUGCACUGGAGGAGUGAGAAACGCUUCUUAUUCUAUGUAGUUACCACACCUGGCCAAGGAAAUGGACGUGGACUUGAUAAAUGAUGCUGUUUCAAAAUCUGCAGAGGACACCUCCUAUAACUAACUGCAACACCAGUUAUUUUUCAUUCCUCUGCUAUGUGAAUCUUAACUGUUUAUCCAACCAGCAAUACUAAAAAAAGACUAAAAAGGUUAAGUAAAUAAUGAAAAGUGAAGAG